UGGUAUGUUAAAGUAGUUUGGAAGUAAUGUUAAUUUAAAUCAUUUUGCGUAUAUAAAAGGAGAGGGUCACAAGAGAUAUAGUUGAAUAGAGGAGAGAGAGAGAGAGAGAUAGAAAGAGGAAAAGGAAAAAGAGAGGAUGGGUUAUUGUUAUGGAAUUCGGUUGUGCUUGUGCAUCUUCUUUGCACUUACGAUCGUCUCUUCGGCUCGAAUCACCAUUUCAUCAUUUUUAGAAAAUGAAAAGAUGGUGGAGAGAGGUAGAUCGUUGAUGGUGAGCACCAAUGACUAUGACAAACCAUCGGCCAACGCACGGCACAACCCACCAGGAAGGCGUGGAGGAGGUCGGAGACGGAGAGGAUGAAUACAAAAUGUUUUUUUUUGUAUUUAUAAGAAAAAGAGAAAAAA